AUGUCUUGCUGGGUCACGUAUGUAGAUGUCAUUAAUCUUGCCAAAUUGCGUGUGCCUGGGAAAGUUGCCCGCAGCCAGCCCUGGAGCAUCUUUGCUCGGUGGCAGGUGGCCCUGCCCCGGGCCCCCAGCUGCGAGGUGGCCCUGGGCCCUGGGGACCCUCACCGUCGCUCCUCUGGCUGCCCGCAGGAAGAUGCUCCCGGAGCAGCCCGCUGCCCCGCCCGAGCCGCCUGCUCCUGCAGCCAGGAGGGCACAGUGGUCUGCAAGGACGUGCUGGAGGCCGACAUCGCCUUCCUGGUGGACGGCUCGUCCAGCAUCGGCAGGAACAACUUCCGCGCCGUCCGCGCCUUCAUGGACGAGCUGGUGGGGCCCUUCGUGCAGGCGGUGGGCGAGAAGGCGGUGCGCUUCGCUGUGGCACAGUACAGCGACGAGCCACGGGUGGAGUUCCCCUUCUCCCAGCACGCUGACGGGAUGAGCGUCCGGAGGGCCAUCCAGCAGCUGAGCUACAAGGGCGGCAACACACGGACCGGUGCUGGCUUCCGCUACGUCGCUGACAACUUCUUUGGCCCCACGCAGCUCCGACCCGGGGUCCCCCAGAUCUGCAUCCUCAUCACGGAUGGCAAGUCCCAGGAUGAUGCCGAGGGGCCAGCAGCAAAGCUGAAGAGCCAGGGCAUCAAGGUCUUCGCUGUGGGGAUCAAGAACGCUGACCAAAAGGAGCUGAUCCGCGUGGCCUCGAUGCCCACCGAUGCCUUCUUCUUCUACGUCGGCGACUUCAAGCUGCUGGGGACGCUGGUGCCACUGAUGACACGCAGGGUGUGCACAAGCAUCGGGGGCACACUGCACCUCCUGGACGGGCCGAGCCACGCCGGCCCCUCCAACCUGGAGAUCCUGGAGCGGGGCCUGGACCAGCUGCGGAUCCGAGCAGCCCAGGGGGAGGAGAAGACCCUGGGGGCCGGCACGCAGUCGGCCACGCUGAGCAACCUGCGCCCCGACACCGAGUACGUGGUGACGCUCCGACCCCGCUACGCGCAGCAGCCCGCUGUCCCUGCCACCCUCACCGCCCGGACACGUAAGCUCCGUGCCCGGCCCUGGGGUCAGCCGGGGACGGGUUCCCAGCACAGGGAUGUCCCUCCAGUCACCAUGCCCCAUGGGGAUGGGGCUGCCUGGCCCUUCGCUGCUGGGGAUGCGGGCGAGCACGACUGCGAGGGUGAGAAGGGAGACCGCGGCGAGGCAGGCCGCCACGGGCUGCCCGGCCCUCCAGGACCCCCGGGGCCACAGGGUCUACCAGGAGAGAGCGUCGAGCGGCCAGGCAAGAAAGGGGACAGGGGAUUCCCUGGAGCCGAUGGGACACCGGGAAGCCCCGGCCGCCCCGGGAACCCUGGAUCACCUGGCCAGCCGGGACCACGGGGACCGAUGGGGCUUUCUGGCCCGAAGGGGGAGAAAGGCGAGCCGGGAGAGCCCAGGGUGAUCGUGGAUGGAGGACAGGGGCUGCCAGGCCAGAAAGGGGAGCCGGGCACGCCGGGCAGCCGUGGCCCCCCUGGGAGCCCUGGGCCACGAGGGCCCUUCGGUGAUCCAGGUCCCCCUGGUUCACUUGGACCCGUGGGGCCACCGGGACCUCCGGGAGAGUUCGUGAAGGGCAGCCGUGGCCCCCCUGGGAGCCCUGGGCCACGAGGGCCCUUCGGUGAUCCAGGUCCCCCUGGUUCACUUGGACCCGUGGGGCCACCGGGACCUCCGGGAGAGUUCGUGAAGGGUGACAGCAAAGAAGGUUUCCCAGGUCCGCCCGGCCGCCCCGGGGACCCAGGAGACCGGGGCCCUCGGGGACCACCGGGCGAGCAGGGCAGGAAGGGAGACCGCGGAGCGCCGGGCGAGCUGGGAGAGACGGGUGAGAAGGGGCCCCCUGGCCUGAGCAUCCGGGGGCCAGCCGGCCCCAAAGGCGAGCAGGGCGACCGGGGUAUCGUUGGCCUCACGGGCAGGAGCGGCCCAAAGGGUGAAACAGGUCUGCCUGGCAAACCUGGAGACCGGGGCCCCCGGGGCCUCCCUGGCUUCCGUGGCCCCCCUGGGGAGAAGGGCGACUCAGGGGACCCAGGUCCUGAAGGCAGGAACGGCAGCCCUGGAGUGCUUGGGAGCAAGGGUGACCGUGGGGAGCCGGGGCUGCCUGGGCUGCGUGGCGAGCAGGGACCACCUGGCCCCACGGGCCCCCUGGGACCCCCCGGCAUCCCCGGCAAACCCGGUGAUGACGGCAAGCCUGGCCUCAACGGCAAGAACGGAGAAGACGGGACGCCAGGAGAGGAUGGGAGAAAGGGAGACAAAGGUGAUGCCGGACCCCCUGGCAGAGAGGGCCGCAGUGGUGCCAAGGGCGAGCCGGGGGACAGAGGCGUGCCGGGGCCCCUCGGCCCCCCCGGCCCGCCGGGCCUCCGCGGGGUGGCUGGACCAAAGGGGGACCCAGGGGAGCCCGGACUGCGAGGGGAGCCGAACAUUGAACGUAGCCUAGAAGCGCUUGGCAUCAAGGGCUCCAAGGGCGACCGAGGCUUGCCGGGACCCAAGGGCGAGAAGGGGGAGCCGGGACGAUUCGGGGAGCCAGGGGAUCCCGGGGAAGACGUGAGUAGGAGGCACAUGGGGGGCCAGGGAGCCAAGGGGUCCUCCGGAGCCAAAGGGGAGAAGGGUGACAUCGGCUUGCCAGGACCCCCAGGACCCCCAGGCUUAGCAGGGAUCGCUGGGACGCCAGGACAGCCAGGUCUGAGAGGGGACAAUGGGCAGCCUGGCCCACCGGGUUCCCCAGGAGAGAGGGGCAUACAAGGAGCCUCUGGCCUGAAGGGUGACAAGGGUGGGGCAGGAGCCGGGCUGCCAGGAGCCAGAGGCGAGCGUGGAGACCCCGGGCCACGGGGCUUGCCUGGGAACCGGGGAGAGCGCGGGGACAAGGGAGACGUUGGGUCCCCAGGGCCCAAAGGAGACAAGGGCGAUACUGUGGUGGUGGAGGGGCCCAUCGGAGCACGGGGCAGCAAGGGGGAGCCGGGAGAGCGUGGUCUGAAGGGCAUGGAAGGCGACAAGGGGGACAAGGGGGAGCAAGGCAUGCCUGGAGAGAAGGGGGCGAGGGGCGAGCAAGGCGAGAAGGGCUCCACAGGCUUCCCCGGGGCACGUGGACCCGGCGGGCAGAAGGGCCAGCCUGGCCACGACGGGAUUCCUGGAGCCCGGGGGGAGAAGGGGGACAUGGGACCCCUGGGCAUGCGCGGCCCCAAGGGUGACCGGGGUGUGAAAGGUGCCUGCGGCCUCGAUGGGGACAAGGGCGAGAAGGGAGAGCCGGGGAUCCCGGGGCGCUCAGGGCUGCCGGGGAGGAAAGGCGAGCCGGGAGAGCUGGGUCUGUCGGGACCACCGGGCAUCCCCGGGAAGGAGGGGCUCAUGGGACCCAAGGGCGACCGGGGAUUCGAUGGGCAGCAGGGAGCCAAAGGAGACCAGGGGGAGAAAGGAGACCGGGGUGCUCCGGGCGUUAUUGGUGGCCCUGGUCCCCGGGGCAGUGACGGUGCUCCUGGUCCCCCCGGUCCCCCAGGGAGCGUUGGCCCACGAGGUCCAGAGGGCAUGCAGGGCCAGAAGGGGGAGAGAGGCCCCCCUGGACAGUCAGUGCCGGGGGCCCGCGGCGUGCCCGGCAUCCCUGGUGAGAGAGGAGAGCAGGGCAGUCCCGGCACCCAGGGGCUCCGUGGGGAGAAGGGGGAGCCGAGCAUGACGGAGGAGGAGAUCCGCGCCUUCGUCAGGGAAGAGAUGAGCCAGCACUGUGCCUGCGGUGGCCACUUCCCACGGCGCCUGGAUUCACGUGAGCACUCAGGUUGCAGCUCUCCCUUCCUACCCCCCUGA